AAAGUAAGAGAAUUAUCAAUCAAGGGCAGUGAUCACUCCUUGUCACUCUGCAAUCUUUUUGAACUAAUGGGACCAAUUCCAUGGUACGUACCAUGAUACAAAGCACCAUGUCAACUUCACAUUUAUUGUUUAUUUUCCAACCAAACCAAUUGAAAAUUUAUAUUAUGUCCAAAAAAAUUGCAAGUUGCACCCAGCAAUUGAAACCCAAUCCAACGGCAGCUGAGCUAACCAAAUUACUGUACACAUCCCUAUUUAAUUAUUUUAUUACUAUUUACUCCCCGUAUAUUUUCCUCCACAAACAUCAGAACACACAUAGUAGAGCCACAUCACUCUUCCAUUUCAUACUCAGAUAAGAAAGAGAGAAAAAAUGCGGCCGGAAACCUCUUCUUCCUCCGCUUUCUCCUCCCCUUCACCGCCGGCGAGCCCUCUCACCGCCGGGAAAUCCAUGGAAGACGUCUGGCAGGGCAUCAAUUUGGGUUCUCUCCGACAUCCGGCGCUUCCGCCAAGUUUAGCAGAUUUCUCCGCCAGAUCUUCUUCCGUCUUCCACUUCGGAAUCCUCUCGGCCGGCGGCGGCGGUGGGAACCCGCCGGCGCCCAUUUCUCCACAUCCUCUGCUUUCCCCUGGCUUUUCCAACUUCAGCACUAGUUUCGCUAACCGAAACUCCAACCCUCCUCUGGUUUUCCCUUCCCACGCGAAGAGAUCGAGAGCCGACGGUGGCGGAGGAAAAGGCGAGCAGUGGCAGAAGCGAAGGAUGAAGAACAGGGAAUCUGCUGCUCGUUCCAGAGCUAGAAAACAGGAAACUUCCUCUGUUUCGUUUAUGACUUAAAACAUAAAUUCCACUUCCUUUUUUGUUUGUAGCAAUUUCAUUCCUUUCAAAUUUUUGGAUCAUUGCAUUAAAAAUUUGAUGGGUUUAAUCUCGUUUAGGCUUACACUCAGGAACUGGAGAAUGAAGUCGAUCGCUUGAAGAUGGAGAAUGCCAAGCUCAGAUCCAAACUAAAUAAAGAUGAGGUAAUUAAUUUGCUUAAUGAACUUCUGAUUCCAUAUCAUUUGGUUUAACGGUGAGAAAUAACUCAUAAUGAUCAAAGCAUCAGUAUAGAAACGAUUAUUGUUAGAAUCAAUAAGCUUAAUGUUAUCGGGUAUGAUAUAUGAUUAUUGAGCAAUAGAGAAUAUUUUCUAUUUGUAUGCGCGGUUGUUGGGAUGAAUCUCGUAAUUAUUUUAAUAUCUCUAUGUAAUUGUUGCGUAUGUGCUAAGCCAUGAUGGAUGAUUUGGAAUAAACAAUGAGAAAGGAAUUGUUUCUAUGAUCAUGGGUUAUGGGAUUAUUAGGAAUUUGGUUGCUAAUUGUAAAUUUCUAAUGUUUGGUGGCAGUACGUUGCUGGAGUGGGUGGCCAGCUACAUAAAAAGACCACUCUUUGUAGAACCUUAACAGCUCCAUUUUAAGAAGUAAGAAAUCCCCUAUCUUGCUACUUUUAGGGUAUGUGUCAAUCAGUACCUAUAUCGAAUUAUAUUACCACUUUAGUCACUCAAAUAGUCAAAUGUAUUGUUCUACCAUUUGUGUAUCUCGUCUACAUAUGCAAAAUUGAUUCGUUCUACUUGUCGAUAUUUCAUUCAGAACAUUAGUACUUUACUUUAUGUUGCUUAACUAAAUCUGAUUUGACCAAGUAAAGCUAACACAGAAUGUGCAUAAUUUUCCAUUUCUAGGAACACAUGGUCUUGUAUCAUAAAAGGAAGGAGAAGGGGAAAGCAGAGGAAUGAAGCAAAGGGCUGAAAAGUUGGCUUCUUUUUGUUUGGACAUUUUGAGAAAGGGCCAAUCAUAAGCCCAGACAGCCAGGGCAGCAGCUGGCCCACCCACCAGAGUUGGGAAGAUAACAUUUUCAUCUUUUUGUGGCAAUUUUUCAAGGGUGCAUCCAAUGAGAUUUACCCUUGUGGGGGAAUGGUGAUGAUGAUGAUGGGGAAAGGCUUACAAAAGGCAUCGUUUUUCAAUUUGGUAGGGGCCUUGUUUGGCCAUAAGUGAACAUGUAUAGUUGGGAUGUGCUUUUUGGUUGUUUUUGGGUUAAUUAUCCAGGUAUUGUAAUAUUUCAAUCUUAUCAGAAUACUAUUAUGAUUUUGUUUUUGGAUAUAUUGUGAUGAUUUUUUAAGAGGUCCCUUAUCUUUUAACUAUUGUAUAAGAACUUCUUCAUUUCAACAAAAAAAUAUAGGGUUA